AAACAUUUGGUUGUAUAUAAUAUGUAAUAAUAAUACAAGUGCAACAUCCUUUUAUAGGAUUCUGCCUAUAUUUCUGAUCGAAAGCGAAUAAAUUUCGUAAAUUUCUGCUUUUAUUUGACAUGUUGCAAAAAUAUGACCGCCAUUUUUAUACGCCAUAUUCGCAAUAGUGCUUCCAUGUCGAUAUAGGUGACAUCGAUAAGACAAUCUGUGAACGAAAAGUGUAAAAUAUUGUUACUUUCAUUUUUCCUUUUUUGUUCUAAGAUUCGAUAACCAAGUAUCUAACAAGGUAGGUAUAAUUGUUAAAAAAUAAUAAGUGCCGCUACAAUAUGGAUAAAAUAUUCCGUACCGUUACUUUAUAGUAAAUAAUUGUAAAAAUGUUUAUUGUACAUAAUUUAUAUAGUAGUAAAUUGUGGUCUCUGCCUACCCGAGGAAGGUACGAUUUUGUGUAUGUAUUUAAUUUAUACAGUACUGCUAAUAUGUUUUUUAGAUGUGGAACCCCGGAAACGAAAGCGUGCCCAAUGAUUUCAUUGAUAUCCUCAACGAUGAGGAGUCUGAGUCAGAUGAAGAGAUCGUUGAGGAGGAAAUUGAACAGGAGGGCGACCUAGCAGCGCAAAUCGACCAACUGAACCUAUUAUCUGGAAGUAAUAUUUUCGUGGUGCAGAGCGACGGAACUCUGGCUCCUAUGGCGAGGCCAGAACCCAUAUCAGACGUUGUAGCCAGCGAUACCGACGAGGAAGAGGAGCAAGCCGACGAGUUAGUUUCAUGGGCUAGUAGCAGAGUUUUUUCGAUAAUCAUUAUACUGCCCAUAACGCAUCGACCAUAAUAUAUCGAUAAUAUAUCGAUUUAUCGAUAUAUUAUCGUAAGACAGUUUAUGUACGAGAGUGAUAACAUUAUAUGACCUUACCACUCGUGAUAAAAAAGAAAUAAUUUGUUUAUAUGAUUAUGAUUAUGAUAUAUUGCAUCUGGUUUGGUGUUGGUGGUGCAGGAGUUCAUUAUUUUAUAAUAAGUUGUCAAAAAAAACUUCGAUAUUGUAUCGUAAGACCUU